CCAAUCCGCCAGCAGUAUUGGGCGUGGGAGCCUCCGCUCCCCGGCGCUUCACAUCGCUCGUCGUCCUGCAUGUCUCACGUGCGUUACUCGAGCUCCUUGCCGGGCUCGUGUGGCGCAGCCGGCGCAGCCGAUGUUCGCGAGUCGCACGCUCACACCGCUCAAACGCCGUGCUGGCCGUGCGAGGAUCGGUGGACCGUUGGACGCGGCAGCGGGCAGUGCUACCGAUGGUGGCGACACCCGGCGCCUCUGCAUUGUGCUGCAAUGGUGUGCAAUCGUAAUAUGGCGUCUGCUAGAAAUGGGCUUCAUAGAUUCUUAGUCCUGUGGCUUUGCAGUCCCUGCUACGGCCUGUACAUAGCCGAGCCGCGCGCGGAUCGCGAAGACUCGGCGUUUGUGCACGGCAUCGAAGCCAUUUGCACUCAGUGGGCAGCAGACAGCGCGUGUGUGCCGCAAGUGUUUCCCAACUCGCGAGUGGCCGUGCGCCUACGAGGCACGGGCUUGCGACCCAACCGGACAGAGCUCGCGUUCACUAGCGAGAACCUGGAAAGCGGCCAGGUGUGUCGAAGCGACUACUUCGUGGCCAGCCAGUUCCUGCUCGAGCUGGACAGUGGCGGAGAUGUUGUCGCACGAGGCGUCCUUCCCGCACAGCCCGCGCAGGACUCGCUCUACCUGUGCAUCCGCAACCAGAGGCUCUGGAAGCACCAGGGUAGCUCGCUGCGGCUCAUGUACGCCCCCAUGCAGCGGGACGUGGUCGUCCAGAGGCCGCGUCGCAACCUGGGCUCUGCCAAGCGCUCGGCCGACCGGAACGCCAGUGUCCCCAGGCGCAACCUGUCCAAAACAACGAGCGACGAGCCCGGGCAGGUGCUGGGCCUGCGGGCGUACGGGGACCGCGUGUCCACCCUGGAGUCCGGGCUGACUCAGAUCCCCGCGGCCACCGAGGUGGAAUUGCAGAUGUUCGGCAACGGCCUGACCAUGUCGAGCAUGUUCGCGUUCACGCACGAGGCGGCCUCCCGAGGCGACAGCUGCGACCAGGUACCCACGGUGGCUGUGGUACAUGCGGGCCAUGUGUUCGGCGGCAAGGUGUCGGUGCGCGUGAGCCUCCCGGGCCCUAAUGUGCAAUACUAUGUAUGCACCAAAGCGCCCGACAGUGAGGACCCCAAGUGGGUGCACCAGGGGGACGAGCCCUGGGUGACGCUAGUGACCCAGGGACGCCUCAUGCCAGUCUGGGUGCAGGCCAUCGUGCUCGCAGGUCUGCUCGUCCUCUCGGGCCUCUUCAGCGGCCUCAACCUGGGCCUGAUGGCGCUGGACAAGACAGAACUGCGUGUCAUUGAGUCAUGCGGCACGCCCAGUGAGCGCAAGUGGGCCAAGGUGAUUGCACCCCUGCGCAACCACGGCAACUACCUGCUCUGCUCCCUGCUGCUGGGCAACGUGCUUGUCAACAGCACCCUCACCAUCCUGCUAGACGACCUGACAUCCGGUCUGAUUGCUGUCCUCGGGGCCACCAUCAGCAUCGUCAUUUUUGGCGAGAUCAUUCCACAAGCCAUCUGCUCACGCCACGGCCUCCAGAUCGGCGCACGCACCCUCUUCGUCACCAAGGUGUUCAUGGUGCUCACCUUCCCUCUGUCCUGGCCCAUCUCCAAGAUCCUCGACUGGGUCCUGGGCGAGGAGAUUGGCCACGUGUAUGAUCGCGAGAAGCUCAUCGAGUACAUUAGGCUCACCAAGGAGUACAACAAGCUCGAGAAUGAAGAGGUCAACAUCAUCAGUGGUGCGUUGGAGCUUAAGAAAAAGACUGCCAACAUGGCAAUGACUCGCAUGGACGAUGUCUUCAUGUUGCCCGUCACGGCUGUGCUAGACUUUGAAACAGUCUCCCAGAUUAUUGGUCAAGGCUACACUCGCAUCCCGGUGUUUGAAGGUGACCGCAAUAAUAUAGUGGGGCUCCUUAACAUUAAAGAUUUGGCCUUCGUUGACCCCGAGGACGAGAUUCCUCUGCGCACCCUGUGCGAAUUCUACAACCACCCAGUCACAUUCGUCUUUGAGGACGAAACCCUUGACCACUUGCUCAACGAAUUCAAGAAAGGUCAGUCCCACAUGGCCUUUGUGCGGCGUGUCAACACUGAAGGUGACGGGGACCCUUUCUAUGAGCUGACUGGUCUGGUCACCCUAGAGGACGUCAUUGAAGAAAUCCUCCAGUCCGAAAUCAUUGAUGAAACCGACAUCCUGAUGGAUAACCGGAGAAAGUUAAAACGCAAGGAGGCUCAGGUACGCCAAGACUUCUCGGAUUUUGCGAAGCUUGGCUAUGGCCGCCAAGGGAAGCACAUCAUUUCACCGCAGUUGGCUCUUGCCACCUUCCAAUACCUGGCCACUUCCGUAGAGCCUUUCAAGAAGGGCCUCAUCUCCGAGUCGGUUUUGCGGAGGCUGAUGCUGCAGAACAUCUUCAUCAGCAUCAAGGUGCACUCGCAUGACGACCCCGUUAUCUACGUGGCCGGCCAGGCAGCAGACUACUUUGUGCUCAUCCUUGAGGGCCGGGUCAGCGUCACGGUGGGGCUCGAGAAGCUGCUCUUCGAAUCGGGGCCUUUCUCGUCCUUUGGGGUGCCGGCCAUCUACCGCGCACUGGACACGCCGCCAGCCCCCGAGGAGCCUUGUGUGGGCCGCACGCAGGGCCCGCUCGCCACGGACGAGUCGCCACAAGGCCUGGCAGCAGGAGACGUCACAGGCUGGCCACUGCCAGAUGAGCCCUUUGUGCCAGACUACAGUGUGCAAGCCGUAGCCGACACCAUCUACAUGCGAGUGCACCGGUCAGUGUAUCUGGCGGCCCUAAAGGCGUCGCGCCUCGACCGGCCGUCGACACGCACGGACCUCGAGCUGGACCAUAUGCUCCGGAGCGGAGCACCCGAGCGGCCGGGAGCGCCCGAGCGGCCGGGCGACCAGUCGCCGCUGCUUCCGGACAGCUGAUAGUGCCACGGCCAGACUGUGGCGUGCCGCCUCUAGUCGCCACCAAAGACCUCUUUCUGCCCUCCACGGCAAGCCCAUGCAAGCGUGCCAGUUGCUUGCCGCCCGCGUGCUCGCCAAGCUCGCGGGAGCACAGCCUGUCGGCUGGCAUCCUUCAGCAGCAGUCUUUCUCGCUCGUUACGCGCAAUUUUUCGGGGGGUACCUCACGAGCGGCCCCCCACCUAUUCCAUGUUAGGGAAUUCUGCCCAGCGGUAGCAUACAUUUUUCGCUUUACAGUUACUGUUUUUUGGUAGUGUAUACAAAGAUGGUUCAGCGAUGGUAGUAGUUUUGCCAAAGCGAUCAAUAAAACACGUUGAAAACUUGUUCCUUCCUGCCACUGGUA